GCGAACGUGCCAGAGUCCUGCAGUCAGUGGGAAGCUCAAAGUUGAAAGCUUCAAUGAAGGCCGUAGUGAUAACGUCUCCAGGUGGGCCCGACGUCCUGAAGCUCCAGGAAGUCGAGAACCCACAGGUCAAAGACGAUGAAGUUCUGAUCAAAGUCGCCGCCACGGCGGUGAACCGGGCCGACACGAUUCAGAGGAAGGGGGCGUAUCCGCCGCCUCCGGGUUCCAGCCCCUACCUGGGACUCGAGUGUUCUGGAACCAUCGAGGCCGUCGGGAAACACGUGUCGCGCUGGCAAGCCGGUGAUCGGGUGUGUGCUCUUCUUAGUGGAGGAGGGUAUGCCGAGAAGGUGGCUGUUCCAGCAGGACACGUUUUUCCCAUCCCACCUGGUAUUUCUAUGACGGAUGCUGCUAGCUUUCCUGAGGUGGCAUGCACUGUUUGGUCGACUGUAUUUAUGAUGAGUCGGCUUUCUGCUGGUGAAACAUUUCUGGUUCAUGGGGGCUCCAGUGGAAUUGGUACAUUUGCGAUUCAGAUAGCCAAAUACCAAGGAGCAAGGGUUUUUGUCACAGCGGGAAAUGAGGAAAAGUUAGCUGCUUGCAAGAAUCUUGGAGCCGAUGUAUGCAUCAAUUACAAGACAGAGGACUUUGUUGCACGGGUGAAAGAAGAAACAGGCGGCAAAGGUGUUGAUGUUAUCUUGGAUAGCAUUGGGGCAGACUAUUUCCGGCGGAACCUUGACAGCUUAAACUUUGAUGGGAGGCUUUUUGUUAUUGGGCUCAUGAGUGGUCCUGUUACAGAACUAGACCUUCGUGCUGUGCUUUCGAGGCGUCUCACCAUCCAAGCUGCUGGCUUGCGAUACAGAAGUCCCGAGAACAAAGCGGUAAUUGUUAGGGAGGUGGAGAACAAUGUGUGGCCAGCAAUUGUUGCUGGCAAGGUGAAAACUGUGAUAUACAAGUCUUUUCCGUUAUCUGAAGCAGCGGAAGCUCACCGGCUCAUGGAAAGUAGCCAGCAUAUCGGAAAGAUACUGCUCGUUGUAUGAUUAUUGUAAUCAAGUGUGAUCAAGCGAACAAUAUGGUUUAGACCUCGUGAUGUUGGGUCUAGAAUAACGCUGGAUGCGCAUAUGUGAUAUCGCAAUGCUUAUGUCGUCGUACACAUGUAUUACGAGAAUAAAUUUUCGUACAAAAGACAUGCCAUUUGAACAUUUACAUAACGAAUACUAUACGUAUGUAGA